AUGCCCCCCAAAAAGUGUUCUGUUGUGGAGGCUGCGGACAGGAGGGCGGAGGAGGAGAAGGCGAGGCGGCGCGCAAAGGCGGCGGAGGCAACGGCGGCCAAGAAGGAGGCCAAGGCGAAGAACAAUAAGGCCAAGAAGGCGCCGUCUGCCUGCACGCUCGAGGAGGAGCGGAGGGCGAAGGCUGCGGCAGAGGUUCGCGCACAGGAGGAGAGGGCGGCGCAGCUGGCUGCUGAGCAGGAGGCGGCGAGGCGGGCGCAGCGGGAGGCGGCAGAGCUAGCGGGUGCGGCAGAGCGGGCGGCGCUGCGCGAGGAUGCGGAGCUGGCAGAGGCGCUGCGCCGGUCAGAGGUGGAUGCGGAGGAGGCGCUGGCGCGUCGGGUGUCGCGGUGCGAGGAGGCGGUGAGCAGCGAGUCGACCGGCGGCGGCGGGGACUUGGUGCGGCGUGUCGAGCGGCUGGAGGCGAGCCUCGGCGCGGCGACCGAGGGCAGCCUCGAGGAGCGGGUCGGCGCCAUCGAGCGCUUGAUCGGGCCAGAGGCGGGAGAGGCGGAGGAGCAGCAUCUGCCAGUCACCGAGCCGUUUGCUGCCGUCUCACUAGCCGACGCCGGCCUCGACACGGGGCGGCCGGCUGCCCCCGAGUCCACGAUGGGGGGAGAGACCACGUGUAUCGUGUGUUUCGCGAGAGUCAAGUCGCAUGCUGCGGUUCCGUGCGGGCACCUGUGUGCUUGCGGGCCAUGCUCUGAGCUGAUGCGAGAGUGUCCUUACUGCCGCGAGCCAGUGAUGAUGUGGAUGGUUCCGCGUCCGGGAACGCUGGGAAGAGGCACGAGGAGGGCGGCGACCCGCAACCGACUGCUCUAA